AUGCCUUCAAAACCUUCCCUCUUGCGCUCCGCGCGCAAUGACGCUCCAUCAUACGGCGCCGUCUCCCAGAACCCGAGUCGCAAUGUCUCGCCUACCGGGAGCGAUUCCAUGACGGGUAACGCCCACCCUCUGCGUUAUGUCUCCGACACUACCAAAUCAGCAUCGUCAAAGUACUCUGCCGCCUCAACAAGGCAGAGCUCGCGCCUCUCCGAGGACCUCGACGCCGCUGCCUUGGCUACAGGCCUAGAAGGGCGCUUUGGAGUGACCCAAACCCCCGUGACCACCAACAUGCUCGAGGACGCAAAGUCGGACGCCGCCGACGACGAGGUGGACUACGAAGAUUACGACGGGAGCGAGCCCGAAGAGGACCCCGUCGACAACUCCCCUCACGAAGUUGUGCGCGCAUCCGUUCCGCCGACAGACAACAUCCACCUGUCUAUAAACACCCCGAGAAUGUGGAUACUCUCGGUAUUGUUCUCAGUGCUCGGUUCUUCGACCAAUUUGUUCUUCUCGUUACGAUACCCCAGUGUUGCUAUUACGCCUGUCAUCGCCUUGCUGCUCGUUCACCCGCUCGGCCUCAUGUGGGACUACUUUCUCAAGUCCCCGAGCGACCCUCCAGAGGAGUUUGUGGAUGGUGUUCUUCAGACCGAGAAUGGUGGUGGUUCAUCGAAACGGGGUAUAACUCAGUUUCGCAGGUGGCUCGCCCAGGGACGGUGGAACGAGAAGGAGCACACCUGCGUCUAUGUGAGCAGUAAUGUGUCUUUCGGUUUUGCUUUUGCCACCGACGUUAUUGUCGAGCAGUCCAAGUUCUACAACCAAGAGGUGACCAUCACCUACCAGCUGCUCCUUAUUCUUUCCACCCAGAUUCUGGGUUAUGCCUUUGCCGGCCUCACCCGUCGGUUCCUGGUGCGGCCUAGCGGCAUGAUCUGGCCCGGCACCCUGAUGUCAGCAGCCAUGUUCGGUACCCUUCACAAGGAAGAGAACAGAAUCGCCGACGGUUGGAGGAUCUCGAGAUGGAAGUUCUUCUAUUUCGUCUGGCUGGGAGCCUUUGCCUUCUACUUCUUGCCUGGUCUGUUGAUGCCAUGCUUGAGUUACUUCAACGUCAUCACAUGGUUCGCGCCAAAGAAUGUCGUCGUUGCCAACCUGUUCGGUGUCGUCUCCGGACUUGGUCUGUUUCCUCUGACUUUUGACUGGGCGCAGAUCACUUAUAUCGGCUCGCCCCUUUUGGUGCCUUUCUGGGCGGCAAUGAACGUCAUUGGUGGCCUUGUAAUCGUGAUGUGGUUUAUCGCCCCCAUCGCCUACUAUGCCAACGUCUUUUACUCUUCUUACAUGCCUAUACUGUCAUCGUCGGUUUUCGAUAACCAGGGUAAGGUUUACGAUGUCAGCAAGAUCUUGACGUCCGAGUUCUUGUUCGAUAGAGAAGCAUACAGCAAGUACAGCCGGGUGUUCCUGCCUAUUACAUACGUGUUGAGCUAUGGUGUGCAGUUUGCUGCUUUAGCAGCCCUGCUUACGCACACUUUCUGCUGGCAUGGCAAGGAAAUCUGGCAGACUUGGAAGACAGCUCUUCAAGAGGCCAGAGACGAUGGACAGGCAAUCUACCAGCCAGUCUCUGGUGGUGGACCAGAGCACGUUAGACCGCAAAGAUCCUUCACCAGCAACGGUGGCCUCUCGAGGUCCUCUUCCAACCUCGAAGGCCUUCUUUUCCGAGAGGAUGUGCACUGCCGGUUGAUGAAGCGGUACAAGGACGCACCCCUGUCAUGGUACAUGGCGACAUUCGUGAGCAUGCUGGCGGUUGGCAUGUUUGUUGUCGAAUACUACCCGAUUCACCUUCCAUGGUACGGCUUGCUACUCGCACUGGGCGUCUGUGCCAUCUUCUUCAUUCCGAACGGCAUCAUCAUGGCGGUCACGAACCAACAUAGCAGCAUCUACCUGAUUUGCCAACUCAUCUGCGGCGCCGUGUUCCCGGGACGCCCCAUAGCCAACAUGGUUUUCGUCACGUAUGGAUACAUCUCAUCCGCGCAGGGUAUCAAGUUUGCCUCCGAUCUCAAGCUCGGACAUUAUAUGAAGAUUCCUCCGCGGAUCAUGUUCUCGGUCCAGAUGGUUGCGACGGUUGUGUCGUCACUGACGCAGAUUGGCGUGCUCAACUGGAUGUUUGCCAACGUGAGUGGCAUCUGCACGUCUGAGGCGGUCAACGGAUUCACCUGCCCCAUUGCGCGGGUGCACUUCAACGGCUCCAUCCUGUGGGGUGUCGUCGGGCCGGGCGAGUUUUUCGGGCCAAACGCGACAUACCGCGGACUGGUGUGGUGCUUCCUCAUCGGAGCCAUCAUGCCGAUCCCGCUGUGGCUCUACAGCCGCAAGAAGAAGCACAGCAUCGUGCGUAAGAUCAACCUCCCCGUCGUCUUCGGCUCCAUGGCAUGGAUCCCACCGGCGACGGGCCUCAACUUCUCGGUGUGGGCGGUGGUUUGCUACGUGUUUAAUUACCUGAUCAAGAGGAGGAAGGGCGCGUGGUGGGCCAAGUACACGAUGACGAUGAGCGCAGCAUUAGACUCGGGCCUGGCGUUUGGCAUUGUCGUCGUCUUCUUUGGAUUCAUAUACCCAGGCCACAUGAAAGGCUUCAAGUGGUGGGGGACGGAGGUGUACAAGGAGGGCUGCGACUGGCAGGCCUGCUCGUACAACACGGUACCUGAAGGUAGCCAUUUCGGACCCGACAAGUGGUGA